GGGGGAGACGAGUGGGGAGGGAGAUGCGGGCGCUCACCCGGGGAUCUGGGACCCGAGCUCAGCCGAUGAGGUCAGUGGAGCCGACGCGCUGGGAGGGGGGCGACGGAGCCCCCGGACGCGGGUGUGUUGCGAGGCCGGCGGAGGGGCGGGACGGGACGGGAAAUGGGACGGCGAACUAGGACCCGGGGAGGAGGCACGAGGGGGCGUUGGCGCUGAAAGCUGGAGGCGGCCCGACCGAGAUCUUUUCCUUCCGGAGAGGAGGCCGGCUCUGGACCGAGGCGCGGGCGGGGGGCGUCCACGGGCGGGUAACGGGGAAAAACCGCGGCCCGCGCUUCCCCACGGCUGGCAGUGGUGGUGCUCGUGGCUCCUCCUCCGGGCCAGUCCGGAGCUUGGUGGCGGGGGGGUGGGGAGCGAGGGCGGGGGUUCGGGAAGGAGAGAGGAGGGAGGGACCAGGCGCGCCAGUGACAGGGUGGCAGCCUAGGAGCGGACGCGUUGCCGCCGCCGCCGCCGCUCCACCUCCUCGUCCUCCUGCAGCUCCUCUCGCUGCCGCCGCCGCCGCCUCCGCCGGGAGAAGUUUCACUCCCGACCCUCGCUCUGAACCCGGACCCAGAGCGGAGCGGGGAGCUCAGCGGGCAGCUGCAACGCGCCGCCGGCUAGGCGCCGGGAGCGCUCCGACCUCGAUCAGGAGUCGGAGCCUGGGCAGCCGGCAGCGGCCGGGGCUGGGGGCGUGGAGGCGGAGGAGGGGUGGGUGUGAACCAAGACCCGCGCGCAGCGCCGCGGCCACUCAGCCAGCGUCCGCGCCCCGGGCAGCCGCGAUGGCCGUGCGCUCCCGUCGCCCGUGGAUGAGCGUGGCACUGGGGCUGGUGCUGGGCUUCACCGCUGCGUCCUGGCUCAUCGCCCCCAGAGUGGCCGAGCUGAGCGAGAGGAAGAGACGCGGUUCCAGCCUUUGCUCCUACUACGGCCGCUCGGCCGCUGGCCCCGGCGCACAGCAGCCGCUCCCUGAGCCUCAUGCUCGGCAGUGGCCAGGGCAGUCGCCGCCCCCAGCGCGCCAGGAGCUCCGGGGGCCGCAGCUGCCUGAAGCAGCGCCCGGGGUAACCAGUUUUCGGAGCAGCCCUUGGCAGCAGCCACCUCCGCUGCAGCAGCGGCGGCGAGGACGCGAGCCCGAAGGCGCGACGGGGCUCCCCGGAGCCCCGGUGGCUGAAGGGGAACCAGAGGAAGAGGAUGGGGGCGCGGCUGGGCACCGGAGAAGCGGCCAGCCGGGGAGUAGCCACAACGGCAGCGGGGACGGGGGCGCCGCUGCCUCUAGCUCGCGACCCCGCGAUUUCCUGUACGUGGGGGUGAUGACCGCGCAGAAGUACCUGGGCAGCCGCGCGCUGGCAGCGCAGCGGACUUGGGCGCGCUUCAUUCCCGGCCGCGUGGAGUUCUUUUCCAGCCAGCAGCCCCCCAACGCUGGAGUUGGCCAGCCCCCGCCACCCCUGCCUGUCAUCGCGCUGCCUGGGGUGGACGACUCCUACCCUCCCCAGAAAAAGUCCUUCAUGAUGAUCAAGUACAUGCACGACCACUACCUGGACAAGUAUGAGUGGUUCAUGCGCGCCGACGACGAUGUCUACAUUAAAGGUGAUAAGUUGGAAGAGUUUCUUAGAUCACUGAAUAGCAGCAAGCCCCUCUACCUGGGCCAGACUGGCCUGGGGAAUAUUGAAGAACUCGGAAAGCUGGGGCUGGAGCCUGGGGAGAACUUCUGCAUGGGAGGACCUGGCAUGAUCUUCAGCCGCGAGGUUCUCAGGAGGAUGGUGCCACAUAUCGGUGAAUGCCUCAGAGAAAUGUACACGACUCAUGAGGACGUGGAAGUAGGCAGAUGUGUUCGACGUUUCGGCGGGACUCAGUGUGUCUGGUCUUAUGAGAUGCAGCAACUGUUCCAUGAAAAUUAUGAACACAAUCGCAAGGGUUAUAUCCAAGACCUUCACAACAGCAAAAUCCAUGCAGCCAUAACACUUCAUCCAAACAAAAGGCCUGCCUACCAAUACAGGCUUCAUAAUUACAUGCUCAGCCGCAAAAUUUCUGAACUGCGCUACCGCACCAUCCAGCUCCACCGGGAGAGUGCGCUGAUGAGCAAGCUUAGUAAUAGCGAAGUGAGCAAAGAGGACCAGCAGCUGGGAGUAAUGCCUUCUUUCAACCACUUCCAGCCUCGGGAGAGAGAUGAAGUGAUAGAAUGGGAGUUCCUGACAGGGAAGCUCCUUUACUCAGCAUCUGAGAACCAGCCUCCUCGACAGAGCAUCAAUAGCAUCCUGAGAACAGCGCUGGAUGAUACUGUCCUACAGGUGAUGGAGAUGAUCAAUGAGAAUGCCAAGACGAGAGGACGGCUCAUUGACUUCAAAGAAAUUCAAUAUGGCUACCGCAGGGUUGAUCCCAUGCAUGGGGUGGAGUACAUUUUGGAUUUACUUCUCUUAUACAAAAGACACAAGGGGAGGAAACUGACUGUGCCAGUAAGACGCCAUGCCUAUCUUCAGCAGUUGUUCAGCAAGCCUUUCUUCAGAGAAACUGAAGAGCUGGAUGUCAACAGCCUUGUAGAGAGUAUUAACAGUGACACUCAAUCAUUCUCCUUUAUAUCGAAUUCUUUAAAGAUACUGUCUUCUUUUCAAGGUGCCAAAGAAGUGGGAGGGCACAGUGAAAAGAAAAUACACAUUCUUGUCCCUCUCAUUGGAAGGUAUGACACUUUCUUGAGAUUCAUGGAGAACUUUGAAAACACUUGUCUUAUCCCAAAGCAGAAUGUAAAACUGGCCAUCAUCCUUUUCAGUAAGGAUUCUGGCCAAGAUUCCAACAAGCAUAUUGAGCUUAUACAAGAAUAUCAGAACAAGUACCCCAAAGCAGAAAUCACCCUGAUCCCCAUGAAGGGGGAGUUUUCCAGAGGUCUUGGUCUUGCAAUGGGAUCUUCCCAGUUUGACAAUGAUACUUUGCUGCUAUUUUGUGAUGUUGACUUGAUCUUCAGAGGAGAUUUUCUCCAACGAUGUAGAGACAAUACAAUUCAGGGACAACAGGUGUACUACCCCAUCAUCUUUAGCCAGUAUGACCCAAAGGUAACCAAUGGGGGGAACCCUCCAACCGAUGACGACUUCGUCUUCUCAAAGAAGACUGGAUUCUGGAGAGAUUAUGGAUAUGGAAUUACCUGUAUUUAUAAAAGUGAUCUUCUGGGAGCAGGUGGAUUUGAUACCUCAAUACAAGGCUGGGGACUGGAAGAUGUAGAUCUCUACAAUAAAGUCAUUCUAUCUGGCUUGAGGCCCUUCAGAAGUCAAGAAGUAGGAGUGGUCCACAUUUUCCAUCCAGUUCAUUGUGACCCUAACUUGGACCCUAAGCAGUAUAAGAUGUGCUUAGGAUCCAAGGCAAGUACUUUUGCCUCAACCGUGCAACUGGCUGAACUAUGGCUGGAAAAACAUUUGGGUGUCAGGUACAAUCGAACUCUCUCCUGACAAUCCAGGCAACGCGUAUUGCCUUUUUUAAAGGGGAGUUUACCUCAUUGUUGGUUGUUGUUGUUUAAUUUUAUUAUUGUUAUUUUUAUUAUUAUAAUUAUUAUUGUUAUAAUUUUAUUUUGUUGUCCAGGUCUUAAACUACUCUUGGUUGUCUUCCAAAGAGUGUUUGUUGACCUCAAACAAGAAGAGUCUGCAGUUCACUGAUAUUUCAGAUUUCUACUGAAGUCAAUAGGCAUAUUACUUUUAUAUAUCUUUAUUUGAGAUUGAGUUAAAUCGUGGCAAUCAAAUGACUUUUGAAGCUCAUUCAACAUGAGAGACAGCUUAGAAGAAUGUUCUCUUGGGGCUUUAAGAUGCAAUAUCGACUUUUCUUUCAUUUGUCAAAUUCAAUGUGAUACAAAUAUUUACUGGUGAAAGGUACCACAAAAGUGCUUUAUGCUUCCUAUGGGGAAGGGACUCUGUAACAUAAACUUGAGUUUUGUAAUUUAUACAAGGACUUAAAUAUAUAGACAAUAAUUUUCUUCAUCUUUAGGAUUUUUAAAGUAAAUGAACACUUAUGAUUGUAAGUUUAUUUUUUAAAAAAAGUUUUAAAAAUUUGAGGAGUUUUGUUCCACAAGCAACCGGUACUGGCUACCCUGGUCUUAUGACAAUUAUCUUACUCCUCACAACGGUCUGCUAUAAAUGCGAAUGAACUUUAUUUUCUCAAGGAAAUAUGAUUUAAUUAAAUAUUCAUGUACAUUUUAGAAGCUUUAUGAAACAAUGUCCUUCAUUUGCUGGCAAGAAGAUAAAAUAUGACAGAACCUGGUUAUUUAUAAUAAAACAGGUAUGACAGUAUUCUUUUUCAAAAACACUGAAAAA